GCGACCUUGAAAAGCUGCAUUUGUGCUCCCUCAAUUAACCUUCAUUUCUAGCUCUAUCCUUAUCCUCUCCAAUAUGGCCAGGAUCGCCUUCGGAAGAUUCGAUGAUUCCUUUAGUUUGGGCUCUUUCAAGGCUUAUCUUGCAGAGUUCAUCUCAACCUUGCUCUUUGUUUUUGCUGGUGUUGGUUCGGCUAUAGCUUACAAUAAGUUGACAUCCAAUGCGGCAGUUGAUCCAGCCGGGCUAGUAGCCAUCGCUAUCUGCCAUGGUUUUGCUCUGUUUGUUGCAGUCUCUGUUGGUGCCAACAUCUCCGGUGGCCAUGUUAACCCUGCCGUCACCUUUGGAUUGGCACUUGGUGGCCAAAUCACACUCCUUACUAGCAUCUUCUACUGGAUUGCCCAGCUUCUUGGCUCCAUUGCCGCAUGCUUCCUCCUCAAGGCAGUCACAAGCUUGGCAAUUCCCACCCAUAGCGUUGCGGCAGGAGUGGGAGCCAUUGAAGGAGUGGUGAUGGAGAUCAUCAUCACCUUUGCUUUGGUUUACACUGUGUACGCAACGGCAGCCGACCCCAAGAAGGGCUCGCUGGGGACAAUAGCCCCUAUUGCCAUUGGUUUCAUUGUUGGUGCAAACAUCCUGGCUGCCGGCCCAUUCUCCGGUGGAUCCAUGAACCCGGCUCGCUCCUUUGGGCCUGCUGUGGCUAGCGGUGACUUCCAUGAGAACUGGAUCUACUGGGUUGGGCCCCUCGUUGGUGGUGGCUUAGCUGGCGUUAUAUAUGCCAAUGUCUUCAUGCCCUCUCAGCAUCAACCUCUUUCCAAUGACUUCUGAUUUGGUUCAAAUCCUUGAGUUAAUUCCAUAUCAUAUAUGUCUUUGUAAUAAAGGAGGAAAAGCAAUUUUUGCUCUUCUUUCCUUUCUUUCUUUUUUUUUUUUUUUUUUUUUUUUUUUUUUUUUUUAUUUAAUUUUUCUUUUUAAUUUAGGUUUAUCUUGUGUUUGUCCUUGUAAAAGCUUGUGUACGUUGGGUUCAAAUGUUGCUUUGUGAAAAUGGACGAAGUGAAGUGGGUGAUGUGUAUGGAUUUGCAUGGAUGCUCUUA